AUAAUUGUUUCCCUUUUCUCCUCUGUGUUCCAACUUAAUCUAUCUAUCUUGUAUUGAUUAUCUCUUAAUUAAUGGAUGAUCAUCCCUUGUACAGCUGCAACCGUUGCCGAAGUCCCAUUGCGCUUCGUCACAACCUUCUUUCUAAAGAUUUCAAGGCAAGAUCCGGGCAAGCGUAUAUGUUUUCAGAGGUGAUGAACGUUGUGUUAGGGGAAAAGAGAGAGCAACAACUGAUAACGGGGCGGUUUGUGGUGGCAGAUGUGUAUUGCAGCAACUGCAAGGAGGUGUUGGGGUGGAAGUACCUGAAAUCUUUCAAUGAUUCACAAAGAUACAAACUUGGAAGAUUCAUCAUCGAGAAAGCCAAAGUUCUCAAGGAAUACUCUUGAUCUCAUCGUCAACGUUGUUUUGUGGUUUUAACGACUAUACAAUAAUUGAUCUGAUUGAAAAUGAACUGUUGCAUUACUAGUGUUGUAUGUAUGGUAUGAUAUGGUACGAUAUGUUAUAAAAUUAUCCAUUUAUUUAGCAUAAAA